AUGAACGACUUCGAUACUCUUAACAAAAUUGUAGAAACGCAUGAUAUUAAGCUCAAGGUGCUAGCAGUGUAUGGCUUGGAUGAAUUGGUGAAGCAAGGUGAAAACUACCUGACACCUGCUAUGGUGCCUAACGAAAUUGGGCUUAUGCCUGAGAUCAUUUACGAGGACAACGACCCCAGCUUUUGUUCAGUGUUCUCAGACUCCCUUGAAUUUGCUUUCCAAUCACCGAACACAUCUCUUCAAUCGAAUGACAAGCUACAGUCCCAGGGAACCAUUCUAAGCAGUGAGUUCGAGCACGAGAAACGAGAAACCAUUCUUACAAGUGACGAGACGCGAGGGUAA